AUGAAAACAACAACCCCGCGCUUUUGCUCGCAUCAAGAGGUUGAACAGGCCAAUACAAUCAGAGAGAGGAGCCUCCCAUGGUUUGCUGAUCUUGUUAACUACCUCUCAUGCGGUUUAGAGCCACCUGAAUUGGAUUCAUAUCAGAGGAAAAAGUUCUUUAAAGAUGUGAGGAGAUAUCAUUUGGAUGAGUCAUACUUAUUUGUGCUCAACAAAGACCAUCUUUAUAGAAGGUGUUUAGCUGAAGAGGAGGUUCAGCCUGUGUUACAAGAGUGCCACGGUUCUGCUUAUGGUGGGCACUUAGGGGCUUUCAAGAUGGUUGCCAAGCAUGGAAAUAUCUCUAAGAGAAGUGAGAUGCCUCAGAAUCCAAUCUUUGAGGUGGAGGUCUUUGAUUGUUGGGAAAUAGACUUCAUGGGGCCGUUUAUCUCUUCACACAGUAACCAGUACAUUUUGGUGGCUGUAGACUAUGUCUCUAAAUGGGUUGAAGCGAUUGCAAGUCCCACAAACGAUUCAAAACUGACUCUUGAGGACUUGUUAAAGAAGCAUGGUGUCAAGCACAAGGUGGCGAGCCCCUACCACCCUCAGACCAGUGGCCAAGUUGAGGUUUCAAACAGGCAAGUCAAGGUGAUUCUAGUGAGGACUGUGAACAAUUCAAGGAAAGACUGGAGCAAGAAACUAGAUGAUGCUCUUUGGACUUACAGAACCGCUUACAAGACCUCCAUAGGAACCUCACCGUUUAACCUCUUGGUUCUACAGCUUCAUGAACUUGAGGAGAUUCAGUUAGAUGCUUCUGAGAGCUCUAAAAUCUACAAAGAGAAGACCAAGGCGCUUUGUGACAAGAAGAUACACAACAGAGAGUUCAGAAAAGGGGACCAAGUGCUGUUAUUCAAUUUUAGACUCAAGUUGUUCCCUGGAAAACUCAAGUCUAGGUGGUCCAAACCGUUUAGAGUUCUUGAGUGA